AUGGCGGCACCCGCCCAGUCAGCAGCGGCCAGCGGUGGAUCAUCCCAAGUGGCUUCCGGAAGAAAUGCGCGGCUCUGUGUCCUGGUGGCAACAGAGCUCAAUGCGGGGUUGCCUCAUGACGCAGAGCCCUACUCGCCUACGCAAGUCCGUGAGAAAUUGGAAAACUUAAGCACGCGAUAUCGCCGCGGUGCUGGCAGUACCGGUGACAGUUCUGGCACCAGCCAGAACAAAAGCCGAAAGCGACCAGCGGGCUCUGCAAUGCAGCAGCUCUUCACAGUGCACAAAGAGGAGUCGCAAAGUGCGGCUAAAGCCGAUAAAAGAAGUCACAAGCUGCGAAAGGAGCUGCUCUAUGCGGCUGCAGCGGGAGUCGAAUGA